AUGUUCCGCCACGCGCGCACCGCCGUGCGCUUCUUCGCGAAGAAGAAGAAGAAGCAGCGACCAUCGGACUACCGCGCCGUCGUCGGCCUCGAGGUGCACGCGCAGCUCCUCACGGAGCGCAAGGCCUUUUGCAAAUGCCUGAACUGCAGCGACGGCGCGCCGAACGCGCACACCUGCGGCGUGUGCCUCGGCGAGCCGGGCUCGUUGCCCGUGGCCAACCCGGCGAUGGUCGCGCUCGGCGCCGUCGCCGCCGUCGCGCUGCGGUGCGAGUCCGUCGCGGACGACGUGACCUGGGACCGGAAAUCCUACUUCUACCCGGACCUGCCCAAGGGCUUCCAGAUCACGCAGAAGCGGUCGCCGCUGGCCGUGGGCGGGUCCGUGGAGAUUCUCGGCGACGCGGACGCGCGGGGCGGCGGAGAAAACGUAGCGAUCGGCGUCGAGUCCGCGCACCUCGAGGAGGACAGCGCGAAGCUCUCCUACAAAGGUGAUACCUUUGACGUCGACUUCAACCGGUCCGGCUGCGCUCUGGUGGAGAUCGUCUCGAAGCCGGAGCUGCGGAGCGGCGAGGAGGCCGCGCGCUACGCGCGGGAGCUCCAGCGGACGCUGCAACGCGUCGGCGCGUCCGACGGCGACAUGGCCGCGGGCUCCUUCCGCGUGGACGUCAACGUGAGCGUGGCGAAGGACGGCGACGUCGCCCUGCGAGAAAAGGUCGAGAUCAAGAACCUGAACAGCUUCAGGGCCGUCCGCGGCGCCGUGGACCACGAGGUCGAGCGGCAGGGCCGCGCGUACGACGCCGGCGAGACCGUUUUGCCGGAGACGCGGUCCUGGGACGGCAAGAAGACGGCCGUGCUGCGGGCCAAGGGCGGCGCCGAGGCCUAUCGCUUCGCGCCGGAGCCGGACCUGCCGCCGCGGCCGUUCUCGGAGUUCGAUCGACCGGACGCGGCCAGCGUGCUCGCGGCGACGCCGCCGGCCGCGCGCGCGGCGCUGGAGGCCCUCGGGGCGUCGCCCGCCCAGGCGCGCGCCCUCGCCGCGGUCGCGCUCGGCGCGCCGGCGGACGCCGCGGCGACGUGGCUCUCGGGCGAGGUCGCCGGCGCGGCCGACAAGCUCGGGCUCGCGACCUACGGCCACCUCGCGCCGCGGGACCUCGCGGACUUGUUGGUCCUCAUGGGCGACGGGUCCCUCGGCCGCCGCGCCGCGAAGGACCUGCUGCCCGCGCUGCUCGGCGCGCCCCACGGGCCCGUGCGCGCCGAGGUCGCCGACCGCGACCUCGGCCAGAUCGCCGACGCCGCCGCCCUCGACGCGUUCGUCGCCGACGUCCUCGCGGCCCACCCGGACGAGCUCGCCAAGUUCGCGGCCGGCGCGGGGCAGCUGCGGAAGCUCUUCCUCGGCAAGGCCAUGGCCGCGUCCCGCGGCCGCGCGGACCCCGCGGGCCUCAACGCCGCGCUAGACCGCGCGCUGCCUCGUUAA